AUGAUUCCACCAACAACAACGGCAACUGCGCCAAACGUUGGAGGUCAAAGCAACACUUCGGGUGGAGGAGCAUCUUCUUCAUCAUCAUCAAUAGACGGAAGUGUUGUGGACCCUACAAAACAGAUCCUGGAUGAGUGUGAGAGAAGAUUUUCUGAGAAUGAUGCCAUCACUAAUCCGUUCAUCUUUGAUUACUUGAAACAAUACAUCAAGAACGGAGGCAAGCCGUCAACUAUUGUACAAAUGUUGAGCAGUAGCUACAGAGGAUAUCCACAAAUGACCUCACUUCUAUGCGAUUGGAUGACUAUGGCCAAUAUUGAUCAUGACACAAUUAACAAAAUAUUAAUGGAUUAUCUAAAAAAUUUGAUAAUUGAUAACUUUGACUCAAAAAAGGCCGAUGCUAUAUUCACUGCUUCGCAAGAUCCACCCAAAUGGUUGGAGUAUAUGAUCAACGACGUUGAAUGGAGAAAUUUGAUAUAUCAACUCUCUGAAAAGCAUCCAAAUUGCCUCAUGUUAAACUUUGCUAUUCAGAGAAUCAGUGAAUCAGGGUUCCACAAUGAAAUUGCUUCUGUAACAACAGCAACAACGUCUCUCAAAGUGUUUCAUAGAAUUCUCACAGAUUCUAUUGAAAAUCUAAUUAGAGAGACAGAAGAAAGUCUCUAUGCUAGCCCACAAUUUUCUGAUUUCAAAAAGAUUUGCUGUCACUCUCAAUAUACCUACAUUUAUGCGCAAUGCAUCAUCAAGUCUCUCAUUUCACAAGUCCCUAGCUUUAAGGAUCAACUUUUACUUUUGUCAGAAGAGCUUGAACACCAUGCACUUAAAGAAGGAAAAGCUUCAGAAUAUAUUAUCAGAAAGAUACGAUAUCUUUUUCUUGAAUACGAGUAUCGUUACAAGAGAGAACAAACAGACUAUGCCCAAUCAGCUGCGAUUAGCGACAUUUCCACAAUAGUGCUUUCUAUGCUGAAUAAUAACGCAACCAAUCCUACAGAUGUGUUAAAAUUGUACAAAUAUUAUAGCAAUUCAAAUGCUCCUCCUGUAGAAUUUAUUCAAAGCAGUGACGUUUUGGAUUUACUCAUACAAGACCUCUUCAACCCCUCCAAAAAAGUGAAUCCAGCACAUAGACCAAAAUAUGUUUAUGUAUUGGCAUAUGCUUCAUCCGUUGUUGGAGAGAGCAACCACACAAAUUUGAAUCCACUCUCCGCAGCACUUGAAAAAGCUAUCUCCAUUUGCUCGAACACAACACUUCCUAAAAGUGUGUCAAUUUUUAGACCUUGUCUCAUAUACAAUGUAGUUUGUGCAGGCAUUUUGUAUUGGGUUGGGAUUAUAUUUACAGAUUCCCAAUUCUCUAUCACAAUGUUCACUUUAAACAACACCAAGAUGUAUAUGGCAUUGUUGAAGGAAAUUGCUUUCAGACAUGAGCCACUUUCUGUCACAGUGUUGAAUAUUGUCAAGAAAUGUUAUUAUGCAAAUCAUGGAGAUUUGGAUCCUCUUCAAGCCAUUGAAAUUAAGAAAAUUUUCCUUGACGUUAUUAUUUAUCUAAUGCAACUAGGUUACGUGCUACCAACACUUCAAACCAUUCACGAUCUUAUUGUUGAGAGAAUGGACAUGUCUUUGGUGAGACAUGUUAUUAACUCUAUUCUUGAUAUGAUUGAACCUCCUUUCUCACUAGAUUUUAUUAAGAAAUUUGUUGAAAUAUUGUGUAUAGAUCAUGCUAGAGACGCAAUUUCCACAAAGACCUCACCAAAUUUGGUAAACUUUUUAGCUCAUGUUGUGGAUGAAGGAAUGGAGCUAUACCAAAUACCACUCGAUACUCUAGCAAUCUUUAGAAAUAUUUAUUCUUCACAAUUGGCCACCUUACAAAAUGUGGACGAUAUGAAGAGAAAGAGACUCUCUGUAGGAGAAAUGGACGAUCAAUAA